AUGAGGGAUGAGGAGUUGGAGACAGGGAGAGAGGCAGGCACUGCUCAGAGAGAAAGUCAGCCUCAGGCAGGAGCAACACGCGAUAGCGACUGGGACCCUGAGGUAAUUGUUAAAUCCACGUCCAUGAAAGAGCUACAGGAUGUAAGAAAGGAUGAUGCCCGUAAGGAGGAUGAGUCAUUGUUCACCAUGCUAUUGGUGGCAUUGGGAAUAGGUCUGGAGGGCAAGGAGGCUCAGCAGCUGGGCUCCUUAGCCAGAGAUGCAGGCAUUGAUAAGAUGUUCUGCCGUGAGCUGGUGGUGCACGUCUUUUGUUCAGUAGGCCCAGAUAAGGUUUGUGUGGCCUUGAUUAUCGUCUCCAAGCCAGCACCUUACUGGGAAGGAACAGCAGUCAUUAACGGAGAGUUUAAAGAGCUGAAAUUAACAGAUUAUGAAGGAAAAUAUCUUGUCUUCUUCUUCUAUCCUCUGGACUUUACAUUUGUAUGUCCAACUGAGAUCAUCGCCUUCAGUGACAGAAUUGAGGAAUUCAGAGCCAUAAAUACCGAAGUGGUAGCGUGUUCUGUGGACUCAAAGUUCACUCACUUAGCAUGGAUUAAUACCCCUCGAAAACAAGGAGGACUGGGACCUAUGAAGAUUCCACUUCUUUCAGAUUUGACACACCAAAUUUCAAAGGAUUAUGGAGUGUAUCUGGAAGAUCAAGGGCAUACACUUAGAGGCCUUUUCAUUAUCGACGACAAGAGGGUCCUUCGACAGAUCACAAUGAAUGACCUUCCUGUUGGGAGAUCAGUGGAUGAAACGCUUCGUUUAGUACAAGCCUUCCAGUACACAGACAAGCAUGGAGAAGUUUGCCCUGCUGGUUGGAAACCUGGCAGUGAAACAAUAAUUCCAGAUCCAGCUGGAAAACUGAAGUAUUUUGAUAAGCUAAACUGAGGCUUGCUUCUGUUCAGUCACACAGGUCACGUUCAACUUGAAUUUUCCCAAUAAAAUUUCAUUAAUUUUG